UUGAUGCUUUUCGUUUCGCUGUUGUUUCGUGGCAUAAAGUUCUUUGCUUGUGAAUCUCGAAAGUUAUGGCAGUUUUGGUGAAAAGGAAACAUAUGGGUUUUAGAUAGAUUACUUAAUAGAAUAGGUUGAGUAUAUCGUUUGCUGUUCUUGAAUUAUCUUGAUUUAAGGGUACUGCUUUGUUGCCGACCCCCGAAUAGUUGGGAUGCUGCGGCUUGUUGUUGUUGUUGAUGUUAUUUGGUUUUCUCUGCACAUAUUUAGAUCAAUUGUUUUUUGGUUGGGGUUGAUGUAGAUAAUUCUUUACUCGUUAAAGAAGUUCAUCUUUCACGGUAGAGUUUCCAGAAAACAAGUGCGUUCUCACUGUCAGUUCAUGUAACUUCUGAUUGGGUUGGAGAAGAUGAUUCUUUCCUGGUCAAGGAAGCAAGUUUUGGGCAUUCAGUUAAUCAUUCCUAGUAGAGCUUCCUGUAAUCAUGUGUUUUUUUUACAUUGUUAGUUCAUGUUACUUCUGCCUAAAACGUCGUAGUUAUCUAAUCUCCCUCAAGGAAAAAGGUUCCUUUUAGUUUUAUUGAAAGAAUGGGGUAAAUGAUUUUAGAGGUAAACAUUACAGACCUUCUUAUGCUGUAUUGGUUUUCGAUCUUUAUGUUUCACUUGGAAUUGGUACUUGAAACAGCUUCUUAUAUGCCUGAUCUGUUUUAUUGUUACAGAAGUUUAUUCUUGUAGAUAUGAGAUUUUAUGACCUUGGAAUUGCAUAACAGAACUUUGGGGCAUUUAGAUGCGGAUGAACUGCUUUCAGUUUUUGAAUGGGGAGAAGAUGGUGCCCCAGUCUAGGAAGUCUGCCUCAACUAGAUCAAAUAGCAGUAGAUCAACAGAUCGUGAUAGGAGAGUAUCUGAAUCUGACUUCAACUCUUCAUCAGACAUGAGUGAUUUUUCGGUAGGAAGGUCCCGGUUCGCUAGCUUGUCCCAGAGACGAAACAAUUUCAGAAUUUUCACCUUCGAAGAACUGAAACACGCUACACGGAACUUUAGCCGCUCACUAAUGAUUGGAGAAGGCGGGUUCGGAUGUGUUUAUAAAGGUAUAAUCCAGAGUUCCAACGAUCCACGUACAACGCUUGAUGUUGCAGUAAAACAAUUGAGCCGUGGAGGCCUCCAGGGACACAAGGAAUGGUUAACUGAAGUGGAUGUUCUUGGGGUGGUUGAACAUCCAAAUCUUGUAAAACUAAUUGGCUACUGUGCUGAAAAUGAUGAAAGAGGAAUUCAACGACUUCUCAUUUAUGAGUUUAUGCCUAACAGAAGUGUGGAAGAUCAUUUAUCAAUUCGCUCCAUCACAACUCUAUCGUGGCCCAUUAGACUUAAAAUAGCACUUGAUGCUGCUAAUGGCUUGACAUACUUGCACGAAGGAGGAGAAUUUCAGAUAAUUUUUCGAGAUCUAAAGACAUCUAACAUCCUCUUGGAUGCACACUGGAAUGCAAAAUUAUCUGACUUUGGUUUGGCUAGACAAGGACCAACAGAUGGGUUAAGUCAUGUUUCAACAGCGAUUGUUGGAACUAUGGGAUAUGCAGCACCAGAGUACAUACAAACUGGACGCCUUACAGCCAAGAGUGAUAUCUGGAGCUACGGUGUUGUUCUUUAUGAGCUAAUCACUGGCCGUCAACCAAUGGACAGGAACCGUCCGAGAAAAGAGCAGAAGCUAUUGGAGUGGGUCAAACCAUACACAUCCGAUGCCAAGAAGUUUCACUUGAUCAUAGAUCCAAAGAUAGACGAUAAUUACUGUUUAAAACAGGCGAUGGAAUUGUCUGCAGUUGCAAACAAGUGUCUAAUGCGAAGCCCAAAGUUGAGGCCAAAGAUGAGCGAUGUGUUAGGGAUGGUGCAAAGGAUUGUAUGUACAGAAAAUGGAACCCUCCGGCAUCCUUUGAGUCAUUUUCCCGAGGAAAGAAGUUGUCGAGAACGAGAAGGAAGAGGAAUGGACUUGAAGACUAGGAUUAGUGAUCUGAAGGUAUAAUAAGUGAAAUGGUUGUGCCAUGGCAUGGAUGGCCAAUAAGGCUCUUAGGAUCAUAAAGACAGUAGGUUAAUGAGUACCACAUGCUUGAAAGCGGGAAUAGCUAGUUAUACCAAUGCAUUCCUGCGGGGCAUGGAUGAUGAUUCUGAUACUUGAAAGAUUGGUGAUUUGUAGCAACAAGACAACGCAAAUACGAUGCGCGUCUAGGUUUGUAUUCGAUUUUAUGUUUUGUAUGACGGUGUGGCAAUAAAUAUUUCUGCGGCUGUGUAAAUGCAGAAUUCACAAACUGGCUGUGGAUUUAUGUUUUGGGGAAAAAGAUGAUCCCUAUUUAUCAUUUCCAAAAAUUACAAACGAAUUAGUAUCUACUACUGUGUUUGAUA